GCUCCAACUGGAAACGUCGGGACCGAGGGACCGGGGCGGGGAAGCCCGAGGGCGUGGGCGGGCUCGCGGGGCUCAGUGCGCGCAGGCUGUGGCUCCCGGGGGCGCAUUUGGAUGUCGGCUACAUGGGAGGCGGCGCUGCUGCCCGAGAGCCGGGGGCGGAUGCGCGGGGCCUGGGCGGCCGCCAGAAGCUAGUUUUCCUUUGCGCCUGGUUUGUGAGAGACCACGAUGACACUCAGCGGCUUCCCUUGUUUGCAGUCAGCAGUCUGCCACAUGCCAGCGGAACACAGAGUAUCCCGAAUGAUAAUCUCACCCAUGGUGAGGGCACUCUUUCUGAAGAGGAAGGCUUCGCUAUGGAAGAUGAGGAUUCUGAUGGGGAACUAAAUACCUGGGAGCUGCCCGAAAGGGUGUCCAGUGCCCCACCCAAGGAACAGGCUGCUGACCUUUUUACUGAGGACUGGGACUUGGAGUUGAAAGCAGACCAAGGGAAUCCAUACGAUGCUGACGACAUCCAGGGUUGCAUUACUCAAGAGAUCAAACCAUGGGUAUGUUGUGCCCCACAAGGAGACAUGAUCUAUGACCCCAGUUGGCACCACCCGCCUCCGCUGAUACCCCACUAUUCCAAGAUGGUGUUUGAAACAGGACAGUUUGAUGAUGCGGAAGACUGAGCCUGCAGAUUCUUUGCCUGGUGGGUGGGUGGGCCAUGCAAACACAAGGUCUCUUCCUUUUGUUGAGGUGAGAGGCCGUAUCUGAAGAAGCAUUCCCAGUGAUCCCUGAGGCUAGCACACAGGAAAGUGUUAAGUGAGGUCAUGCUGCCCUUCAGUUUUGUUGCUGUUGUUGUUUUCAAUGAGUCCUCCUUGGAAUGUGUGUUUGUGUCAUCAAGGAGAGUUGUGUUCUUUUUAAAUAAAGGUGGAAAAAAACGCUUUUGGUCUUAAC